AUGGCCUCACCCAAUAUCACUCUAUUCCAUCCCUAUUAUUUCCUCCUUCUGGGGAUUCCUGGGCUGGAAAGUGUACACGUCUGGAUUGGCUUCCCAUUCUGUGCUGUGUACUUGACUGCUGUCCUUGGAAAUGUCUGCAUACUUUUUGUGAUUCAAACUGAACGUAGCCUCCAUCAGCCUAUGUUUUACUUCUUGGCCAUUCUGUCAUCUAUUGAUCUAGGAUUGUCCACAUCCACCAUCCCCAAGAUGCUUGGCAUCUUCUGGCUCAAUCUACAGGAAAUCUCCUUUGAGGGAUGCCUCAUCCAAAUGUUCUUCAUCCACUUAUGCACUGGCAUGGAGUCAGCUGUGCUUGUGGCCAUGGCCUAUGAUCGCUUUGUGGCCAUCUGCAAUCCUCUUCGUUACACACUGGUGCUGACAAACAGAGUGGUGUUCAUCAUUGCAUUGGUAAUUCUCCUAAGGCCAUUGUCUUUCGCCAUACCCUUUGUUCUCCUCAUCCUUAGGUUACCAUUUUGUGGACACCAAAUUAUCCCUCAUACUUACUGUGAGCACAUGGGCAUUGCCCGCCUGUCCUGUGCCAGCAUCAAGAUCAACAUUAUCUAUGGCUUAUGUGCAAUUUCUAUCCUGGUAUUUGAUAUCAUAGCCAUUGUCAUCUCUUAUGUCCAAAUUCUCCGUGCUGUCUUUCGACUGCCAUCCCAUGAUGCCCGGCUCAAAGCACUCAGCACCUGUGGCUCCCAUGUGUGUGUCAUGUUAGCUUUCUACACACCUGCAUUUUUUUCAUUCAUGACCCAUAGGUUUGGAAAAAACAUACCACGUUACAUACACAUUCUUCUUGCUAAUUUCUAUGUUGUCAUUCCACCUGCUCUCAACCCUGUAAUUUAUGGUGUCAGAACAAAACAGAUUAGAGAGUGGGUACUAAAAUACUUUUUAAAAAAUAAAAUGUAA